CACUGACAAACCGCUGUGGAUUCCGACGGGCCGUGAAGGCAGCAGGGAUGAUGCUGGUCCAUCUCUUACCUUGUUAGCAGGUUGCGAGCUAACGGCGGCUACUACCGGGGGAUGUCCCACCCUCCGUAACGCUCCCCGAGCACUCCCCGAGCACUCCCCGGUGGCUGUAUCACACGAACCGGACUCUCUUGUUCAGAACUUGGCCGAGAUGACGACGCGGUCGGAGCGGGAGAAAGCCCAGAAGCUGAACGAGCAGCACCAGGCCAUCCUGUCCAAACUGCUGCGGGAGGACGACAACAAGUUCUGCGCGGACUGCGAGGCGAAAGGUCCUCGAUGGGCGUCAUGGAACCUCGGGGUGUUCAUGUGUAUCCGCUGCGCCGGCAUCCACCGCAACCUGGGUGUCCACAUCUCCAGAGUCAAAUCUGUCAAUCUGGACCAGUGGACAUCUGAGCAGAUCCAGAGUAUGGUGGACAUGGGCAACAGAAGGGCCAAACAGCUGUACGAAGCCCACCUACCAGAGAGCUUCAGACGGCCACAGACAGACCAAGCAGUGGAGGUCUUCAUCCGGGACAAGUACGAGAGGAAAAAGUAUUACGACAAGGAGGCCGUGGCUACAGCUCCGCAGAAGUCGUCUGAAGCUGCUCCGCCCUCCACCUCGCCGUCCUCGCAGGCUGACAGGAGCAGACAGGAGAAGGAGCGUGAAAAGAAAAAAGAGGAGAAGAAGAAAGAGAAGGAUGUUGAUAAAGUGGAGAGACUCAACAACACAAAGCAGUCUGAGUCUAGAGCCAGUCCCAAGGAAAGCUCAGAGCCGGCUGUGGACCUGCUGGGCCUUGAUGCUCCUGAGGGUGGUGGGAAGGGCCCGGGCGGUGCUUCACCAAUCAGCGAUGAACUGGACAUCUUUGGACCAAUGGUCUCCAACCCUCUCCCCUCGUCCAACAACGCACAGCAGGCCCAGUCUGGUUCCAGUACAGCACCUCCGCAGGCGGACCCCUCCACCUCUUCCUCUGCGUCCUCCUCUACCUCCACCACCACAACCACUAAGGCGGAGCAGAAGAAGCUUUUAUCUAAAGACUCCAUCCUGUCUCUGUACGCCAGCAGCUCAGUGGGCAGUCAGCCGCAGAGUCAGCAACAGCCUGCUCCAGGACAAGCAGGAAUGUACAACAUGGGCCAGCCUCAGAUGCAGUUCACUCCGCAGGGUUUCGCUCCAGGGAUGGGCGGAGCCGGCCCACCCACCACCAUGAUGGGCGGAGGGGCCGUGAUGUCCGGCAUGGCUCUGCCCAACGGCGGCUACGUGGGCGUGCCGCAGCAGCCCCAGGGCGCGAUGCCAGCCGGCCAAGGUCAGAACUUGUACGGCGUGCAGCAAGGACAGCAGCAAGGACAGUGGAAUAUGAGCCAGAUGACCCAGCAGAUGUCAGGCAUGGCCAUGAGCGGUGGAGGGCCUGUGCCAGCCACUUUCAGCCAGUCAGGGGCCCCCGCGGCUGGUUGGCCCGCGGCUCCACCGGCAGCUUCCGGCCAGACCCUCAGCACUCAGCUGUGGAAGUGACGAGAGGGGGGUCCAGAGGAUGAGUGUGUGUGGGGGGGGAGAGGGAGGGAGGGGCCUGACCCACCCAUCUCCUCACAGAGUAAAGAACGCACAGCAGGGGGCGGUGUACCUGCCCUCAACGCCCCUCCCAAACCCUGCACACCUUCACCGUGGUUCCUUUAAAGAAAGAUCACACUGGAUGGAGUGGGAGAAAAAAAAAAGAAAGACUGGCAGCUUUCCCGUCUUUAUUUCCUCUUUUGGUUUCCUUUGGGUGUUGUUGUCUGAAGAAAGAGACAAAAACCAGAAAGCUGCUGGACCAAUAACUGCUAGUGUCUAUUCUAGUAACAUUAUAUCAGUACCAAAUGGAUAGUUAGUGAAUAGUCUGUCAGUACCUACAGUAGAUAUGGCUAUCUUGUGGUUGGUCUAUGCUACCCUGUCCUCACCCCCUCCUCUCUCUCUCUCUCUGCUGUGUAUAUUGUAAACCCUCCCCCCUCCUCCUCCUCCUCCUCCUCUCCCCUCCCUCCCCCUCUCUGUAGGGCGAGCAGAGCCUCGUAGCAGAUAAUCGUCUGAACAGCACUGUAUUUAUGUGAAUAAGAUGUGAACCCUCCACUUUCUUCAGAGCCAUAGGAGAGAGGGUGACGCUCCGACUCUCCAUGACUUUGUUUUGUUUGAGUUCUCUUCAUCAUGUGACACUCCACUGGGGGGGCAUCAGUUUACUUUAAGGUUGACAGUAUAGACGUUACUUUGCACUGAUUCAUUGAGUCAUUGUUACGUAAUUGGACCAUUUUCCUCGUAUUACGUCCAACAGUGUCUCAUUACAACCAGGUGUUCUCCCCCAGCAGACUGUAUACAGCAGUGGUUCCUAAUUAUUUUUCUGAAUAUUUGCUUCUUAAUUGUGAAAUACUGGAGCGUGAACUAUUCAUCUUAAAGCUGCAGUGGGUCAUUUUUAUAAAAAAUAACUAUAUCCCGACAGUAGAACAUGAGACAGAUAAUCUGUGAAAAAAACAGGUUCUUCUGCAUCGUUCUAGUUCUCCUAAUGACAUUUACAAGAAUCCACCGGGGCCGGAUGAAAGACGUAAAGACGUUUGGGUUGGAGGCUUGAGAGAGACAAGAGAGGCAAGAGAGUUGAUUGUUGAGUCUCAUUCCCAGGGCGUCCAGUACAGACGCUUUGGGAUUCAUUCAUGUUCUACUGUGAGAAUAAAGUGAAAGUUUCAGCAAAUAUGACAAAAAGCUAUAUUUCUAAAAAUGACCUACUGCAGCUUUAACAAAAUCGGACCAAUUAUUGUAGUUUCCUGGGAGCCUGUGCAAAACGUUGAGCCAUACGUCACCAAACUACUCGCAAUUUUAUUCUCACUGGAACACGUUGCUUACCCAAAUAAAAGCAGCUACUACACUUUGUCCUGCAGUUUCAUUACAAAAAAACAGAGAGGCAGCGUCCAUCUUUUAAAAGUCGAGAAGUAGUUACACCACUACUUUUAGGGAGUGUGCUGGAACAGUUUGACCCCUGCUUCUAGUAUUUAUGCUAAGCUAAGCUAAUCAUCUCGAGAGUCUAGCUCCAUACUUAGACAUGUGAGCACAGACUGAACAAAGCGAUAACAGCACACUGUUCACUCCCGUAGCUUUGUCUCCAACAACGAGGAUAGUGUCUCAUCAACAAACACAAACCAAAAGCCCCGAUCAGUGUGUGGAGUCCUUCUUGAGUCCAAAACUUUAGUAGAUUCUGGAUUUGUUACAAGACAACUACAGCCGGCCAUCUGGAGUCACACAGUGCUGGAAACUGCAGCAUUUAUAUCACAGUUUAAGGGACUGCUGUAACUCAAGACAGCUAAAGAAGCCAACCAUCUGUCACGUUACAUUUAAUUCAAUUUAUUGCCUCAUCGCAACUACACAUUCCUUUGCUUUAAGGGCCAAAAGCCAAAACCGGUUGGGAACCACUGAUGUAUAUACACUACACUGGCUGUGGCAACACCUUCUGGCCACUGUUCCAGUAUCAGUAGUUUUAUCAGCAGGCGGAUAUAUUGGCCCGACCCUGUUUCCCAUCCUGCUCGCUGGUUUAAAAACAACCCAAAACUCCAAAUGCCAACGACUCCCUUCGAGUCUCAGUAAUUGCUGGACGGCCCCCGGGUCCCCUGAGUGUCUGUGGUAGCAACGCUGUGGUGUUUUUGAAGUGUUUUAAACCCAGACGAGCCGAGUUGACUAGAAACCGCGCUCCAACCCAGUUAAGACAUUCCUUGUUGUUGAAACGAACCGUUUUCCCCAGCGCUCCCCGAGCGAAUGAAAGCACCACUGGAAUCACAGCGGUUUGUCUUCACUGCACUUUAAAUAGCAGAGCAGGUACUGCGUCUCUCGCUGUGUUCUGAGUUCUACCUCUCAGAUCGCAGCAGAGACCAGUGAACUGCCGGAUAACCACUGCAGGGCGGGAUUUCCUCAAUUAUUAUUAUUAUUUUAAAAUCGGACACCCCGAAAUGUUUCUCCUCUUCAUAUGUGACGCUCUCACCGUACGUUCUGCCAUCCGCCAUCUUUAUUGUGGUGUUUCGUUGUGUGCAGUACAAGAGAAGCACAGUUAAGUCUGAAGCAAAUAAACCUGGACGACCAAUCAGAGGGCUAAGACGGGCAGGGACGAGGAAGAGGAUUGGACAGUGCUUGCAAAAAGGGGACCUGUAUGAAACUGCUGGAUGGGUCCCAUCACCACUGUCCAGUCCUUGUUUUAUUGGCAGUAAGAACAGGAAACACACACACAGUUACGACCACACUGCCGAGCGCCGACGCAGAGAUUAACGUCCGUACACACAGGGUCCUUCUGCCAUGCAAUAACCGUAGCACUCGUACACACAGGCUCAAUAAAUCUAACGUCCUCCAGGUUUAUUUCCAAUGUGUUUACAUUUUCUGGUGCCUAGUACAGAGAACAAAAAAAAAGUGGUUUCCGUGCAUUCAAAAAAAAAAGAUAUAUAUAUAUACAGGAAUUUUUCUGUGUUCACCUGUCCAAUGACUCUUUUAACUGUAAAAGUACUGUUUUAUCUUUUGGGAAUUUUAUUCGUUUGCUUCUUUUUUUUUCUGUUCCAAGUUUUACAAGAGGGUCAUUUGAAAUAAAGGCUGUUGAAUCCUG